AUGUGCGAAAACUUUGGGGCCAAACAUUGUCAAUGUCAACAACUUCUAGAGAAGCAUGGCUGGAUUGAGCCAAAGUCACUGGAAUUGCAUUCCUGGUGCCGCGUUAUCUUAAAUUGUCCGGACGAUUUAUCAUCACUAUUAGCAGCGGUUCAAGAAGAAAAAAGAAGAGAUAUCCUCAAUACCUGUGCCAACGUUCGUCACUCUGCAGUUCAUCGCCGACCACAGGACUUUGAAUCGGUCUUUCGGAGCCUGGAAGCUGGGAUAGGUCUGGCCACGAUGCAUCGGGAUGCAACUGUUCUUCAACAUUUUCAGAGUCUCCAGUCGGACUUCCAAGCCAUCAUCAAGGAAACUUGGUCACGGAAACAUGCCUUGUCGGACAAGUUGCAGACACGACUUGAACGAAUCUCGACAGAGCAGGCCCGGCUCAAGCAAACGGCAAUGCAGGAUGCUAAAACAGAAGUAGACAACUGUUAUAGAGAGGCUGGUGCAAAACUUGCAGAUUGUGUUAACGCUAUGCCACACAAAAUGGCAUCGGCUGCCGAGGCCAUAUCAGAUAGCGAUAACUUCUCCGAACCCGAUAUCGACACAAUUCUGCUAGAGGCAGAAAAGACAGGAAUAGCUCCUUUCGCGGAGUUGCCUGGCUAA